UCUCCUAAAAACAGUUCUACAUUCCUACUUGCUUCAGUUCACUAAGGGAAAUUAAACAUGACGAAAAAUUUUCUUCUGUUACUUAUCUGUUUGUCGGCCCUGACAUAUGCCUUAGCACUCCAUCCUUCUUCUAAUGGCGGGUUAGUGAGAAUUGGUUUAAAAAAGAAGCAACUGGAUCCUACUAGUAUAAAUGCCGCAAGACAUGCGAAGAAACUAGGCAGGUAUGCAGAUGGUCUAGAGAACCUCCCUCGCAAUCUGGAUAGUUCUGAUGUAGAUAUAGUAUCAUUGAAGAACUAUAUGGACGCCCAAUACUUUGGAGAGAUUGGUAUUGGUUCUCCUCCACAGAACUUCACUGUCAUAUUUGAUACUGGAAGUUCCAACCUCUGGGUCCCAUCAGUAAAGUGCUACUUUUCUAUUUCUUGCUAUUUCCAUUCCAAGUUCAAGGCAGACCUGUCAAGUACAUAUACAAAGAUUGGAAAUUCUUGCAAUAUUCAUUAUGGAUCUGGAUCAAUUUCUGGCUUCUUUGGUCAAGAUAACAUUCAAGUUGGGAAUCUUGUUAUUAAGGAUCAAGUUUUCAUAGAGGCCACACGAGAAGGAAGUCUCUCUUUCUUACUAGCAAAGUUUGAUGGCAUACUUGGUCUUGGAUUUCAAGAAAUUUCUGUUGGCAAUGUUGUGCCCUUCUGGUACAAUAUGGUGAGGCAAGGUCUUGUAAAUGAUGCUGUCUUCUCUUUUUGGCUCAACCGAGAUCCAGAAGCAGAGGAAGGAGGUGAGAUAGUCUUUGGUGGUGUUAAUGAUAGACGCUUCAAGGGAAAACAUACUUAUGUUCCCAUUACUAAAAAGGGAUACUGGCAGUUUGAGUUGGGAGACUUUCUUAUUGGGAAUAAUUCAACAGGAUUUUGUGAAAAUGGUUGUGCUGCUAUAGUGGAUUCUGGAACAUCCUUACUAGCUGGUCCAACUACUGUUGUGACUCAAAUCAACCAUGCCAUUGGAGCAGAAGGAGUUGUGAGCAUGGAAUGUAAAGUAGUUGUGUCUCAGUAUGGAGAAUUGAUAUGGAAACUCUUAACAGCAGGGGUGCGACCUGAUAAAGUGUGUUCACAGAUUGGUCUAUGCUUUUUCAAUGGGGAUCAGAAAGUGAGCGCCAAUAUUGAAACAGUUGUUGAAAAGCAAAGCAGCGAGGAAUCAUUGUCUGGUGAGAGUACUGUACUGUGUGCCGCCUGUGAAAUGGCCGUUGUUUGGAUUCGCAACCAGCUUAGACUAAACAAAACUAAGGAUGUAGUCUUCCACUAUGUCAGUGAGCUGUGUGAGAGCAUGCCAGCAAGUCGUGCAGGAGAGUCAGUUAUUGACUGUGGUAGCCUUGCAAGCUUGCCAAAUGUUUCAUUUGUCAUUGGGAGCAAGGCCUUUAUCCUCACUCCAGAACAGUAUGUUCUUAAAACUGGUCAGGGGGGUCUCACUGUCUGCGUCAGUGGGUUUAUUACUUUAGAUUUGCCGCCUCCUGGGGGUCCACUCUGGAUUCUGGGAGAUAUUUUCAUGGGAGUGUAUCACACAGUGUUUGACUUCAAUAAUCUCCAAGUUGGAUUUGCGGAAGCUGUUUGAUAACACUAAUAAGCCUAUAUCUAAUCUCUUGGCUCUACUGCUCUAGUCUCAGUAUGUGAUGAGUUUAGCAGAGGUAGAAGGCUGGAGUCAUUUUAUGUUGGUGAUCAGUGGAUAUGAUGAGGGGCGGAUCGGAGGAAGUGACCGUCCUUCCAGCACUUGAGAACUUCAGAUAUGCAUAUGUUAUAUCAGCAAAUUAAGGUUGCUAGCUCCUACCUAGUACCUACAUGGAAGCUCUUAUAAUGUAAAAAUAUAUGGAAAGAAGCAAUGUAAUGAUCAUACGUGGUAUCGUGGUGUACAUGAGUCGUCAUGAGAUGCUCUUACUUAAUUUGCCAGUUUGCCACUAGACUAGAUGGGGUUUCUCUCAUUUUUGUGCAGUGGAAUGAAACAGGGUUUCGUUUUUGCCACUA